UUAAGCGGUCGUCUCGAGCCCGACUUCCUUUUCCGGAAGCCAACGACGUCACCGGAAGUUAUUCUUCCCACGUGCGCAAACAGCGGUGGUAAAGAAGUGGAGCGAGCGGCGACGUUUUGGCGUUUUCCGAACAGAACCACCGUCCGUCGAUCGAAUAAAAACAUGGCCCCCCGGAAGAAGAGGACGUUCACGGCCGACGCGAAGGCGGAGGCGGAGGAGGCCGCCCGGCGGACAAACGUCGACAGUUUGGCGGUACUCGGUGCGCAGGAGCGCGCCGUGCGACAUCUGGAGGAGCUCGUGCUCGGCGCCGUGCCCGUGCAGGAGAAAGAGGAGACGCCGAGUAGGGGUGAUGAUGAUGAUGAUGAUGAUGAUGGCGUCCAGCCCCCACCAAUCAAACGAGCCGCUUGGUUCGAUGAAGAUGACGAGCUGGAUGAAGAGGUGGACAUGAGGCAUCGUUUCCAUGGCGACCUGAGGAGAGGAGGCGAGGCCACCAUGACCAAGCACAAACUGCAGCAGAGGAUGAGACAACAGUUCCAGAAGGCGAUGGGCGGAGCUCCUUCAUGGGCCACGUGUGACAGGAAGUUGCCAACCGAUGGUGAUGAUGAUGAUGAUGAUGAUGAUGAGGAGGAGGAGGAGGAAGACGAGGGUGACGACCUGCUGAGGAGGACGGGAACCUUGGUGGCGUCUUCAGACACGUUGCCCGGCGGCAUUGUUAGAAUGAAGACGUGUCUCCACGCCAACGCCGCCCGCCCGUCGACGAGCAAGCUGACCACGGUCCAGUUCCACCCCACGGCGCAGGUGGUCCUGACGGCGGGCCUGGAUUGCUCGCUGUCGCUCUUCCAGGUUGACGGGAAGACCAACGCCAAGAUCCAGAAUGUCCACCUGGACCGCUUCCCGGUCCACAAGGCUUGUUUCAGUUGCCAUGGCGACAGCGUCAUCGCCACCAGCCUGAAGAACAAAAUGUUUUACGUGUACGACAUGAUGGAGGGGCGGGUCACACCUGUGUACGCCAUCAGAGGGCUCAAUGAGACCCGCGUGAAGGAGUUCUCGGUGUGUCCUGACGGGGGCGCUCUGCUGCUGACAGGAAGCAGAGGAUACCUGCACACGCUCACGCUCAAGACAAAGGAAGUGGUGAGCAGCGUGAAGAUGAACGGCGACGUCAGCGGCGUGGCCUUCAGUCGUGACGGCAGCAAACUGUUUGCUAACUCAGAGGACGGCGAGGUGUACGUGUGGGACGUGCGCAGUAGUCGUUGUCUCAGCAGGUUCGCGGAUGAAGGCUGCGUGAAGGCCACGUCCAUCGCCGCCUCGCCUGACGGACAGUACCUGGCGUGCGGCUCGCAGGCAGGCGUGGUCAAUGUCUACUCACAGGAGGCGUGUCUUAAUUCGGCCAAUCCCAAGCCUCUGAAGGCCAUGAUGAACCUGCUGACCUCAGCCACCUCGCUGACCUUUAACCCCACCUCCGAGAUCCUCGCCAUGGCGUCCCGAGCGGAAGAUCAAGCCGUGCGGCUGGUCCACGUCGCCAGUCUCAGCGUCUUCUCCAACUUUCCCGUGUCCAAGAGGAAGAGCGUCCACCGAGCUUCCUGUCUCCACUUCUCGCCUCACAGCGGCUUCUUCUCAUUGGCCAACAACAAAGGACACGCCCCCCUCUUCAGGCUGCUCCACUACACAAGUUUCUAAGGAAGGAAGGAAGGAAGGAAGGAAACAUGAUGAAAGCAAGCGCAUAUUUCUUUUGGAUUAUUUGCAUUAAAGAGAUUUGUGAAAAUA